CAGACUUCAUUGUCCCCAUCUUUGUGUACAGUGCCAGACAACACAUGUCAGCUGGAGAACUGCAAGACGUGAAACAUUUUUUGGAAAACUGCAUAAAAAUGACAGGGAUCGUUCCGAUCAUUGUCCUCACCUUCAAAACCGCAGGAGAUUACAUGGAAACUGAGAAAAAAUUUAGACUCAUGGGGGCGGAGACAGUGAUCGCCAUUGAGAAUUACACACGGGAAAGCCACAAAAAAACUCUGAGAAAAAACCGCCGACAUCCUGAUGGUGAUAGACAGCGCCUUGAGGAACGUCAGAUUCCGCCUGGAACAGCCAAGAGACCCGAGAAGAGAGCGGAUAGAAAGGAAGAGAAUUUUUAUGUACAACUACAUCAAUGAGAUCCAACUUCAUCAGGAGAGA